AUGCAAGUACAAGUACGCCCCGCGUCCUCCACAGAUGCCAACGAAGCCAAGCAGUCAUUUUUCAGGAGAGUUCAACUCCACGACUUGGCCUCCAGUCUGUCUCAUUGGAUCACGUGUCUGUUUAUCACCGCGAUCGUUUGUUCACAGUUGCUGGGGGCCGUGUGGGACACCACAACAACUACCGAACACCUCGUGUAUGGUCGAAGUCCAUUGCUUGGACCUUCACAGAUCAUCGGCACAAACGACGUGCCGUUCCCGGAUCGGGUGAUAGCCGAAACUAUCGACAACAUUGUUGCUGCCUGUGAGGCAUUGGGGUACAGCAAUCUAACUCGAGAUAAUCUCCGCGUCGUUGACGACUGGAACAGCAACAAUUUGUACAAACUUCCCAAUACAUUACCCGUGCUCAUCAUGCCGUACUGGGAUAACGCAGUUUACUCCCGGCACGCCGUCCCCACCUGGAGCGGUGACGCGUGUAUUUUUCGGCUGGAGGAUGCGUACACGCUUGUCGAUAGCGGCUCUACAGUUGCGAGUUUCCGUGGGGUGAACCAAAGUGUCCGCCAUGACAGAACGAUCGAGUGGUUGAAGCGACCCGAAGGAAUCUGGAAGAACGGCUGGUACGAAGACCCACAACGAAUACGCUGGUACUCGGACGUCAAAAGUUCGUGGGCGGGGCCCCCUUACUACAUGAUGCAUCGACUAUUCGAUAUGCGGUCAGGGAUGGAAGUGGAUUGCACGGACCCAAAUAAUUGUGAAGAUGCGCCUCAUGUUGACCAAUGGGGUGACAAGUUCAGCUCCUCCGAUAAGGGUCACAAGAUCAAUUCCAUCUACAUCGCCAACGGGACCGAGUUUGGGUUAUUCUACGAAUCGUUCGAGCAGCACAUUGUGAGAAGUGUUUUUGACUGGGAAACGUUGCUCUCCAACGUAGCGGUCGGAUUGGUUUUGUUUCGGUGGGUGCUGGGUAUCGUGGUGUUGCACUCCGUAGCUCUACGAGGCAAAACCCAGUGGUUUAGCGGUGGAAUCGGCUGUGUAUCUGGCGCCAGCAGCUUUGCCUUUCUCCCUUUUGCGUCAUUACCCCGAUUAAAGACGACGCUCGCAGCAUUCUGGACCGUGGGCUGCCGAUUUGAGGGCCAACAGGUCGGUCUAGCUGAAGCGUGGUUUGCUAUCUACCCAGCCAUCGCAACCUUCGCGCUGAUUUACUUCAGCCUCCUGAAUCUCUUAGCCAAAGCUCUUCGACGACGAAUGUCGGAUGCAUUAUUCACGCCUACGGUCGUCGCACUGUGUUUGUUGCACUACUUUCGCCUAGAAAUUGCUGCAUCGGGUUGGUUAAAGGGCGUCGACGGCCGAAUCCCGACUGUGGUGUUCUCAGACGAGGUGAAGAAGCUGCACCUGUACGACUACUUUAGUUCAGACAUCGCCUGGCGUAUGAACGGCCGAGUGCCGCUCAUCUUCGGUGUGAAACUGGCCAUCCUCGGAGUCAACUUGCUGCCUCUCCUGUUGGCACACACGUUCCCAGUCGGAGAUCGCUGUGCAGACCUUGGUCUUCAUGGGAUAGAGAAGGCAUUGGCUGUACGCACUAAACAUGUAGGCGGACUCGGGCGUUCGUUGACGUAUAUUAUUGCCGUGGUUGAUCGAAAAGAACGCCACGUAGCCUCGAUGAGUUUCACGGGUCGACUGGUGUCUGCCCACAACGACAGAAGUGGGAGUCGAGAGGUUGAAUGGAACCCAACGCGCGCCUGGGUGACUCCUGUCACCCCACUUUGUGUCCAAGCCGAAGAACCCCUUAACAAUAACGGCCCCAGCAGCAUCCACGAAGUAGCGUUUGUCAACAGCUACGAGCUCAUUCGCCUAGGAUACCUCGUCUUCGGCGACAAGUACCUCAUCACGUUUGACGAGUGGGACGUGCUAUCGUCGAUAGCUCCGUUUAAAUCUUUCGUCCACUUCUGGAACCACCGGGUGCUCGUGUGGACACUUCGACCAGCGGAAGAUGAAGGGGAUGCUGAGAUCGCUGGUGGUCGGGCGCUUGAAUGCGUUGAGCCCGAAAUGUGA